AUGGACAGGAUCCUGGAGAAGUAUGAAAGAUACUCAUUUGCAGAAAGACAACUAGUUGCAAAUGAGCCUCAGUCCCCUGCAAACUGGAGCCUGGAAUACAGCAAACUUAGGGCUAGAAUUGACCUCUUGCAAAAAAAUCAUAGGCACUACAUGGGAGAAGAUCUUGACUCCAUGAGCCUCAAAGAUCUUCAGAAUCUUGAACAACAACUUGACACUGCUCUCAAGAACAUUCGAUCUAGAAAGAAUCAACUCUUGUACGAUUCCAUCUCCGAAUUGCAGCGAAAGGAAAAGGCAAUACAAGAGGAAAACAGCAUGCUGUCGAAGCAGAUCAAAGAGAAGGAGCAUGAAAUAGGGCAGCAGCCAGAGUGGGAGCACCAAAAUCACGGCCCUAACGCACCACAAAUGCCACCACCACCACCGCCGCCGCCGUUCUUGAUGGCCACCCCCCAUCAACUCCCUGCCUUGAACAUCGGGCAUGGAUACGUUGGGGAAGCGACAGAGACGGGUACGAGGAAGAAUGAGCUUGACCUCACUCUUGAUUCACUCUAUUCAUGCCAUCUUGGAUGCUUUGCUGCCUGAAAAUUGGCCAUUUAAUUAACUUUCUGCAU